AUGACUCAGACAAGCCCUACGGACAAGACCCAAGGGGUCAUAGAUGUUGAAGCAUUGAAGAAAGAAAUUCGUGAGCAAAUUUUAUCCGAACUGAAGGAACAAAAACAAGAACAAAAGCCAGAGAGACCAAAGAGAAAACUUAGUGAAAAACAACUUGCUGCAUUAGCUGCUGGAAGACAAAAGAAC